ACCGCGCGGAGCCGGAAGUCCCCGCUCAGACUCUGAUCCGAGUCCAGUCCAGGCUCUAGUCCGGACUCUGCAGACCCGGGGCCGUGCGGGGGCUCGUGCACGCUCCCGCUCCUCGUGCACGGACGCACGCGCACCGCGGUGCCUCGUUGACGCGCCUCGUUUCUGCAGAAGGCGCGUGCAAGAUGCAGGGCGCGAGCGGCGGACGAGGCGGGCCCGCGCACCGAGCAGGUAAAAAGAAGCUGAAGAUCCACAAAGAAGUGUUUGAACAGAAUCCUGCAGCUCCCAGCGCUCCCAGAGACCUGGACUCCAAAGCCUGUGUGACCGUCGGAGAAAAGAACUUUGAGGUGCAGGCGGACGACCUCGUGCAGCUGUCGGAGCUCGGCCGAGGAGCGUACGGAGUCGUGUACAAGAUGAGACAUGUGCCCAGUGACACCAUCAUGGCCGUCAAGUUGAUCAGAGCCACAGUGAAUUCUCAGGAGCAGAAGAGACUCCUCAUGGACCUGGACAUCAACAUGAGGACUGUGGACUGUCCCUACACUGUGACCUUCUACGGAGCGCUCUUCAGAGAGGGCGACUUGUGGAUCUGCAUGGAGCUGAUGGACACGUCUCUGGAUAAGUUCUACAAAGAGGUGAAGGCCAAAGAGCAGAGCAUCCCCGAGGAGGUGCUGGGCAAGAUGGCCGUCUCCAUUGUGAAGGCUCUGGAGCACCUGCACAGCCAUCUGCAGGUCAUACACAGAGAUGUGAAACCCUCUAACGUGCUGAUAAACUGUGAGGGGCAGGUGAAGAUGUGUGACUUUGGGAUCAGUGGAUAUUUGGUGGAUUCUGUGGCCAAGACGCUGGACGCCGGCUGCAAACCGUAUAUGGCUCCCGAGCGGAUCAACCCUGAGACAAACCAGAAGGGCUACAACGUCAAAUCUGACAUCUGGAGUCUGGGCAUCACUCUGGUGGAGCUCUCCAUCUUAGAUUUCCCAUACGGUUCUUGGGGGACUCCGUUUCAGCAGCUGAAACAGGUGGUGGAGGAUCCUUCUCCUCAGCUGCCCGAGAGCUUCAGCGCCCCCUACAGGGACUUCACAGCGCAAUGUUUAAAGAAAGUGUCGUCAGAGCGGCCGACCUACGCAGAGCUCAUGCUGCACCCGUUUUUCACCGAGCACGAGGCCAGAGACACCGACGUCGCCGCCUUCGUCAGAGGAAUCCUGGGAAACGCAGUCCAGCCCCAGUCCAAGCCUCGUCCUGCACCUGGUCCUGAACCUGGUCCAGGCCAAGGCCAGGCCUAGUCCUGCCUUUGUUCCUGAUUUAGUCCUAUUUUGGUCCUGCCUUUGGUACUGGCUUAGUCUCGGUUUAGUCCUGAUUUAGGCCUGGUUUACUUCUGGUUUCGUCCUGGUUUAGACGUGCCUUUGGUCCUGGUUUAGUCCUGGUUUAGAUCUGCCUUUGGUCCUGGUUUAGUCCUGGUUUAGACGUGCCUUUGGUCCUGGUUUAGUCCUGGUUUAGAUCUGCCUUUGGUCCUGGUUUAGUCCUGGUUUAGACCUGCCUUUGGUCCUGGUUUAGUCCUGGUUUAGAUCUGCCUUUGGUCCUGGUUUAGUCCUGGUUUAGACCUGCCUUUGGUCCUGGUUUAGUCCUGGUUUAGUCCUGGUUUAGACCUGCCUUUGGUCCUGGUUUAGUCCUGGUUUAGACCUGCCUUUGGUCCUGGUUUAGUCCUGGUUUAGAUCUGCCUUUGGUCCUGGUUUAGUCCUGGUUUAGACCUGCCUUUGGUCCUGGUUUAGUCCUGGUUUAGUCCUGGUUUAGACCUGCCUUUGGUCCUGGUUUAGUCCUGGUUUAGUCCUGGUUUAGACCUGCCUUUGGUCCUGGUUUAGUCCUGUUUUGAUCCUGCCUUAGGUACUGGUUAAGUCUUGGUUUAGUCCUGGUUUAGACCUGGUUUAGACCUGCCUUUUGUCCAGGUUUAGUCCUGGUUUAGACCUAAUUUAGACCUAGCUUUGUUUGUGGUUUAGACCUUGUUCAGACCUGGUUUAGACCUGGUUUAGAUUUGGUUUAGAUCUGGUUUAGACCUGAUUUAGACCUGGUUUAGAUUUGGUUUAGAUCUGGUUUAGACCUUAUUUAGACCUGGUUUAGACCUGGUUUAGACCUGGUUUAGACCUUGGUCCAGACUUAGACCUGGUUUAGACCUUGGUCCAGACUUAGACCUGGUUUAGACCUGGUUUAGACCUUGGUCCAGACUUAGACCUGGUUUAGACCCUGGUCCAGACUUAGUUCUGGUUUGGACCUGGUUUAGACCCUGGUCCAGACUUAGACCUGGUUUAGACCUGGUUUAGAUUUGGUUUAGAUCUGGUUUAGACCUGAUUUAGACCUUGGUCCAGACUUAGACCUGGUUUGGACCUCGUUUAGACCCUGGUCCAGACUUAGACCUGGUUUAGACCUGGUUUAGACCCUGGUCCAGACUUAGACCUGGUUUAGACCUGGUUUAAACCCUGGUCCGGACUUAGACCUGACCCAGGACUCUGCAGACCCUCCAGGACCCGGAGGAGGAGAAGAUCUGUUUUUUCGGCCGUGUCACAUUUCUCUGUCCUAAACUCGCCUCCUACCUCCUACCUCCUAGUUCCUUUCUCACAUCCUUGCGUCCUUCUCUCUGUUACGUAGUUUCAUUGUUUUCUUCAGUUAAACUACAACAAACCUGCUAUUUCUGACUUAUUACACAUUUUAGAUUCAAACUUAUUAAAUCUCUGAAUUUUAAAAGUCUAAAUGAUAAAUUAUUCAAACGUGUCUUAAUAUUUGACUCUGUUUUCUCUAAAAGUGCAGCCGUGUUAAAUGUGUGUUUAAAAAAUUAUGAUUUGCCUCAAAUUUAAAAUAAAUGAUCCCUUUAUUGUGUCUCUGCUGCUUUGACUCCGUGCCUCUGUUUUCACUUUUUGUUUUCACUCUGCCUCUGUUCAAACCAAUGAACUAUUUUUGUGUGAAAUUUGAAGAAAUGUUUAAAUUUAUCAGCUUUGUUUUGUUGCUUUUUUUGUUUCUCAAAUGAAAUGAAAUAUUCUUGUGAUAUUUUUGGAGUAAAUGUUUAUUUUGAGUGAUUUUGUUUGUCACUGGAAAAUUUCUAUUUAAUAAAAAAUCUCUGG